ACAAAAGAGCGUUACACUAAAAAGGGUUGGACAAAAUGGCGGCCUUCAGGUGGUGGUUUGUGAAGUCUGAUUUGACACGUCCGUAGCUGCGUGACAUCAAGGCAAGUCAAGUUGUCACAAAAUGGUCAUGUGAGAACAAAAAGGAUGAUAUCUCGGUGAAUCAGAGAGACCUUUUAGAAUAGGACACACGUGGGUUCACCGCAAUUCCCCCUGGGCUGGAGCACUUUGUACUCCUCCAACACAUCCCCCCAGGAGGAUGGCAGUGGGACAGAAAUCAAGCACGGCAGAGACUUGUAUAUUCGCAGGAUCAAACGGGCACAAUGGAGCCAGGGAGGAUCCUGGUUUGAACGGUCUGGAUAAGAGUCACGUUGAGAAAUCCUCAGGAAUUGCCAGAGUAGCAACAGACAUGAAGCACAAAUGUGCUGCCUACGUCCUGGCCCUACGUCCAUGGAGUUUCAGUGCCUCCCUGACACCUGUGGCACUUGGCAGUGCACUGGCCUACAAGUCAGAGGGGACCGUGGACUUGGUGAUUCUGUUGGUUUGUGCCGUGGCUGUACUGGUGGUGCACGGGGCGGGAAACCUGGUGAACACUUACUACGAUUUCUCCAAGGGGAUUGACCACAAGAAGAGUGAUGACAGGACACUGGUGGAUCAGAUCCUGGAACCCCAGGAUGUCGUCAUGUUCGGAGCUGUGCUCUACUCCCUUGGGUGCUUGUGUGCGACUCUACUGUAUUACCUGUCCACACUGAAGCUGGAGCACCUUGCCCUCAUUUACUUUGGGGGGCUCUCCAGCUCGUUUCUUUAUACCGGAGGUAUCGGGCUGAAAUAUGUUGCCCUGGGCGACGUAGUAAUCCUGAUUACCUUCGGCCCCCUCGCGGUCAUGUUUGCCCACGCAGUGCAGGUAGGUCACCUCUCGAUGCUGCCCCUGGUUUACGCCGUCCCGCUGGCCCUGAACACGGAGGCCAUCCUGCACAGCAACAACACGCGAGAUAUGGACUCGGACAAGCAGGCGGGCAUCGUCACGCUGGCCAUCCUCAUCGGACCCACGCUGUCCUACGUGCUGUUCAACCUCCUGCUCUUCGUCCCGUAUGUCCUCUUCUGCAUUCUGGCCACGCGCUACACCAUCAGCAUGGCCCUGCCCCUGCUCACCCUGCCCAUGGCGUUCCCUCUGGAGAAGCAGUUUCGCAGCCAGUGCUACUCCAAAAUCCCCCAGAAAACCGCAAAACUCAACCUCCUGAUGGGACUCUUCUACGUCUUCGGGAUAAUACUGUCACCGCGAGGCAGCUUGCCGCGCCUGUGAAUUCAGCUUGUCAGUGGGGGUUUUUUUUGUCGUCAUUGUUCUAGUACAGCAGUGGUUCCCAACCCUGUUCCUGUAAAUUCGCAUUUCAAGCCUAAUUUUGCACACUUGAUUCUACUAAUUAGCAGCUCAGUGAAAUCUCUAAUGGUUCUUUUUUCUUUUCUUUUUUUUUUUUUCCCUCAAGGAAUUUUUAUUGACAUUUUCCAUCAAAACAAGAAACACAAUUAGAACAUCCCAAAAUCAGAUCAAAUGACAACAACACAAUAAUACAGGCUACACACACAAAAAAGUACGGAUACAGAGACACACAGUGCCAUAAAUCUCGAACUGUUGAAUGAGCUGUGUUUUAAGGUUGAAGUAAAAACCUACAAGUGGGUAGCUCUCCAGGUACAGAGUUGGGCACCACUGUACUGCAGUAGAUCAGAUUACAUGCAUCAGUAUAUUUAUUCAGAUUUAUUUGUGCAGCUUAAAAAUUUAAUUUAUUGUUUUGUUGAAAUUAUACAUCAGGAAAAAUGUAAGUCCUUAAUGGUGUUGAACCAAUUUUAUAGUUACGACAUUGUUAUAGCUUACGCCAUGUUUAUCAUUGUUUUAACAUUGCACCCACAAGAUGUAAUGUGGUGUCUGAAGUAUUAACAUAACCCUUUUUAGUGCUAGAUUAGCAGACUACUGGUCUUGAGGUUUUUUUUGUUUAACAAGGCAAUGUUCGGUGUUCUUUUAGGAAAGAUAUUAUGAAUCUUUAAACACACAAAUGACUAGUUGACAGGGUUAAAAAGCACCAAAAGGCACUGUCAGAAAAGGUACACUGGCACAUGCCAGAAUACUAUGUACAGGAGCAACAGAUUACAUGCCAGCAGUAUUCAGUGUCUGUUUGGGCUUAUCCCUUCAUCUAGAUACUGUUGUUGAACUGAAGAAAAAAAUUGGAGCAAUUAUUUUAAUUGAGCUAGGUAGGGGUCUUGUCUGCAUAUGACCUUAGCCUGUAAGGAAUCUAACUACACUUCAGUCUUGUACAAAUAGGGCUUGCCACAAGGGAAGCGACCAAUUUAGCUCAACUUUAGUUUAACUUCAUAAAUACCAGUCUGUGGGUCUUGUACUUUAUUUUGUAUAUCUUUUGCAUAAUUUACUCUGUUGCAUAUAAAGGGAGUGGUUCCAAUAAGAUCAAAUUUAAGACCUAAAAUAAUAUUCUUGUCAAAUCUAACGAUAGGGUAAUCACAUUUCGUCAGAGGUACAUCAGGUGAUAGUCACAUUUGAAUAAAGGUACUUCAGGUUGAAUGACUGUGACAAACAUUUUCUCAGCUGCACAUAAAGGGACUAUGAAACUGACAUUCCUUGGAACACUUGUGUACCUGUGAAAUUGUACAGUGCACAGGAAGCCAGAUUUGAUUUCAUAAUCACAUCGGUAACAGAUUUCAGUUACCUCUUUGCCUGGCUGUUUUGUGAUGCAGUAAUCGGUCUAAACAAAUAUUUGCAAGAUUUGAACAUUUUAAAUGGCCAUAUAAUUGUGUGUAGGCUAUUCGAUCCGUCAGCUUCUCUACAUGGCUCAUAUUUACAUCGUGAGCCAGAGUUGUAUUUUUCAAAAAAUGUAACUGUUUUUAUACUGAAUGUAACACUUGAAGUUUACUUUGUUCAGAUGUCUUUCAAGGAGAAUACUGAAAAAGUACAAAAUAAUACGCCAUUCUGUUUUCAUAAAUGCCAUCAGAGCUCUUGGUUUUCCCCCCAUUACACCAACUGAUCUGUCUGAACCCCCAAUCCCUCCCUAAAAUAAACUGUUAGUUGUCAAGUUUGUCCAGGAGGUCCUCCGUUAGCUGUGCUGAGAAACUGACUGGCCAGAGUGAUUCUGAUUCAGGUGCCAUAUAGUGCCUAUUGCUUCGCAUUAAUUUGUAGGAGGUGUAAUGCUUGUGUCGGCCAUUACUCAUGGGUGAAAGCUACUAGAUAUGACGAAACAUUUUCAGCUUUUUCGUUUGUGUUAGUUCACAACUGUGGCUCUCAAAUACAUUGUACAUUUGUUUUCAUCAUUUCAUAAACCAAUGUAAUUACAUGGUGAAAGUAGGAAAUAAACAUGCUUAAAUGACCAA